AAGUUUGAAGGAGUUAGGAGAUAUAUCAGGGUGGGCUGGUGCUAUACAUCAAGAUCUCAGGACUGUAGCUUCAACACUAGAAUACAGUGCUAAGGUUGAUCAGGAGCACCCGGAGUAACCAGGCCAUGCUCCUCCUGUUCCUAACUUAUGCUCUCAUCUCUCUCUCAACUGGGACAGAUUCUCCGGGUCCUACCUCCGACCUCGGAGCUCCUGUAUCCGGCAUCGGAGCCCCUGUAUCUGAUCUCGGAGCCCUUAACAAAAAUAGUGGAGAUUCUGGGAACGAUCUUGAUGUUGGUGAGUUUACAGAAUCCUCUGAUGCAUUAGCUGCUACGGAAGCUCCUGAAGAGUCUCUAGGAUCUCCAAAAGUAGUUCCAGCUGCUGCUACAGCUGCAGUGGGUGGAGACUCCUGUAAGUUUGAUCCAAGAGACGUUGUAUCAGAGGAAUAUUCUCCAGCUAGGGAGGAGUGUCCCUGCUAUCACCAGGAGUCUAGUCCCACCUACAACUGCCCCGCCCACCCUCUCUCCGCCCUCCCACCCUGCAGGUUCCUGCCACUAGAGUUCCUUCAGUGUAAUCAGCCGGUGGAUCACGAGGGGAAUACUACAGCAAAGGAGGAAUUGGGUUACGGUUGUCUCAGCUUUGGAGGACAACGGUGGGAGGAGGUUGAGAAAACUCCAGUGUGUUGCAGGUACCAGAAGAAAUUCUGCAAAUUAUCAAAAUUUAUCAAACUUAAAGGGUUGGAUAGAUUCUGCCUGGGUCAGACUGGAACUGGAGUUGGUAAACUGUUAACUCUGGGUGGACUCGGGAUUUGGUGGAUCAUCGAUAUCUUCUUACUCGUCACAGGUAAGGUUUAGAGUUUUUACUGAUUUUGAUGAUACUAAUCAUACU